UCGGCCGUCGGCCCCGCCUUCUACACUUCCUCGCUUUGCUCUUUCCUCCGCUGCUAUCCGAAUUGCCCUCCUGUGGAUGUCUUGACUACCGGCCGCUUUUCCUCCGCAACAGAAAAAUAUCUUCUGUUAAUCCCGAGCCGAGCCACGAGGACGAGGCCGAGGUGGAAGUCGUAAACGUCACCGGGGGAAUCAAGACAGACAGCUCAGGCCGCCACCUGCCCUCAGACACGAGACAAAGACAUGUCUGCGAGCUAGCCAGCCAUGCAGAGGACACCUCCACCUGCAGCCAUGGACGGUGGAUCAGUGUGGUCCAUCUCGCCAGAGGAGCGGGGGAAGCACGACAAGCAGUUCGACACCCUGGCCCCCGUCCUCGGCUACGUCUCAGGUGAACAAGCCCGAGGAUUCUUCCUGCAGUCGGGCCUGCCGCCGUCCGUCCUGGCCGAGAUCUGGAACCUCGCCGACAUGGACGGCGACGGCAAGAUGGACAGACAGGAGUUCUCCAUCGCCAUGAAGCUCAUUAAGCUGAAGCUGCAGGGCCGGAGUUUACCCGUUGCACUGCCGAUGGGCUUGAAGCAGCUUCCUGUUGCUCAUCCUCCCCACCCUUCGUCGGCCCGCUUCGGGAUGGGCUCUUUGCCGAACCUCUCGGUUGGCAUGCCGCCGCCCAUGUCCGCCAUGUCCAUCCUAACCCCCAUCCCCGCUAACACCCCCCUGCGACCAGCGCCGCCCAUGAUGACGCUGCCUCUGACCGCCGGCUUUCCCCGCUGCCACCUACACUUCCUCACCCCCGCGCCUCUCAUGGCCGCAGGACUCCCUCUCUCGGGUUUUUCCUCUCCACUGACGUUUUCUCCGCCUGGCAGCAGAGGCAUGUCUCAGGCCAACUCUCUCGUGGACCUUGGAUCCAGCAGUUCCAGCUCUUCGUCCACCACUUCGCUGGCCAGCAACUCCCCCAAGACAACGGCAGGCUCGAGUGACUGGGCCGUGCCUCAAGCGUCCCGACUCAAGUAUCGGCAGCAGUUCAACACGCUGGACAAGCUCAUGAGCGGCUACUUGUCAGGGGCUCAAGUGAGAAAUGCACUGAUUGCAUCCAACCUUACACAAACUCAACUGGCUACAAUCUGGAACCUGGCAGAUGUGGACAAGGAUGGCCAGCUGAGGGCCGACGAGUUUAUCUUGGCGAUGCAUCUGGUGGACACGGCCAAGACGGGCCGCCCACUGCCGCUCACCCUGCCCCAAGACCUCAUACCGCCUCCUCUGAGAGGAGGCCUCAAGUGCGGUGAGCUCGUCAACGGCACCGGACCUUACAGUAGCCCCUCUUUAAUCGACUCACUGGAGAUAGAACCUAUCCUAAAGAACAAGAGCAGUGUUUCCUUUGAGGACAAGCUGAAGGAGAACUUUGCGAGGGGCAGCGCCGAGCUGGAGAGGCGGAGGCAGGCCCUGGAGGAGCAGCAGAGGAAGGAGCGAGAGCGCAGGGCCCGUGAGGAGAGGGAGGACAGGGAGCGGCGGGAGAAGGAAGCCCGCGAAACCGAACAACGCCGCCGGCUGGAGGAGGAGCGGCGCCUGGAGAGGCAGCGCCAAGUGGAGCGGCAGCGCGAGGAAGAGAGGCUGAGGGAGAUGGAGAAGAAGGAGGCAGCCAAGCAGGAGCUGGAGCGCCAGCGUCAGGAGCAGUGGGAGCGUAGCCGCAAGGAGGAGCUGAGCAGGACGCGUGAAGGGGAGCACCAGGAACUCUCUCAGCUCCGAGCCAAGAAGAAGAGUCUGGAAUUGGAGCUGGAGGCCGUGGGCAACAAGCACAAGCAGAUCUCAGACCGCCUCCGCGAUGCCCAGAGCAAGAGACGCAUCCGCAAGGCCGAAGUGGAGCUCAUCAACCAGAAGAGAGACGCGCGCAUUGUGGAGAUCAACGCGCUGCAGCUUCAGUUUGAGGACUGGCAGAAGAAGUUCUCCUUGCUGGUUCCUGAACAACAGAAGCUGACUGAGAAGUUGCGUCACAUGAACCUCAACAAAAUCUUACCGGUGACGUUGGCCUCCCUGGCCGCCAACGUGAGCAACAAAGGCGUCAACUGUCGCAAGCUGAAGGACCAGCUGGACGCCCUGCAGAAGGAAACCGCAGACAAGCUCGCACAGAUGGAACAGCACAACAAAGAACUCCAGCUUGAGGACAUGGAUGACUGUCUCCUGCGUGCACUUCUGUCUCUGCUGGCCUGUCUCAGCCAACUCUUCCUUCUCUUCAAGGAAUUGAGGGAGAAGCAGGCCAAGCAGCAGUCCGUCCUGGACGACUUGCGGCGAGUCAAGGAGGAAAAACUGCGGGAGCUGAAGAGACGCAGAGAAGAGGAAGAGGAGCAGCGGAGGAGGAUGGAGGAAGAGGAAAGACGCAGGAGGGAAGAAGAGGAGCAGCGGGAGAGACGGCGGAAAGAGGAAGAGGAGCGGGAGAGGUGGCGGAAAGAGGAAGAGGAGCGGGAGAGGCGGCGGAAAGAGGAGGAGGAGCGGGAGAGACGGCGGAAAGAGGAAGAAGAGCAGGAGAGGCGGCGGAAAGAGGAAGAGGAAGCCAGGUGGGCAAAGCUGGAGCAGGAGAGGAUAGCGAGGGAGGAGGCGCGUCAGUGGGAGGAAGAGGAGAGAAAAAAGAGGGAGGAGGAGAAAAGGAAGAAAGCACAAGAGGAGGCGCAGGCGGCCUCCAGAGUGACGCUUUACAAAGCGCUGUACUCCUUCGCAGCACGCAACAAGGAUGAGCUGAGCAUCGACGCAGACUGCCUCAUCGAGGUGGACGAGCAGACAGUGGGCGAGCCGGGUUGGUUGUGCGGGAGUUACCGUGGAAACAAGGGCUGGUUCCCUCACAGUUACGCUGAGAAAUGCACCGAGGCCGGCCCCUCGUCGCAUGGACCGACUUUCUGUCCGCAGCUGCUUCCCGUCUCCGGGGUCCCAGAUGGCGAACUAACAGGUGACAAGGGCGCUCUUCCCCAUCAAUCAGAAACAUCACAGUUUCCAGCUCCUGUCCUGACUCAGAUCAUGUCCCGCCGGUCGCCCACCACCAGCGCCACUACCUCCUCCCAAAUAAACCUCAACCUCUCGUCCAGUGAGGGUGAAAUGAGCGCAGACACGGACCCACUGGAUGGAAGCGACGGUGUUCAACUUGAAGAAUAUGUGGCGCUGUACACGUACGAGAGCCCUGAAGCGGGCGACCUCACCUUUGAGGAAGGCGACGUGGUGGUGGUGACAGAGCGGGAAGGGGAGUGGUGGCGAGGGUGCAUCGGCGAGCAAUCCGGCGUUUUCCCGUCCAACUACGUGAGGCCUGUGGAGCCAGAGGUGUCAAGACCUGGUGGGCCAACCAAGAAACCUGCAGAAAUUGCCCAGGCCGUCACUUCCUCCGCUGCCGUUGCCCCGACGAUAUAUCAGCUGCAUCUGUCUCCUGGACAACUCAUUGUGGUCCUGGCCAAGAACUCUACUGGCUGGUGGCUGGGGGAACUGCAGGCUCGUGGCAAGAAGCGUCAGAGAGGCUGGAUUCACUCCUCCCACGUCAAGCUGCUCGGACCUUCCAGCAACAAGUCGUCCCCGUCACCUAUGCCAGUGUGCCAAGUCAUUGCCAUGUACGACUACACGGCGGCCAAUCCUGACGAGCUGAGUUUCUCCAAAGGCCAGCUCAUCAACGUCUUAGACAAGACCAACCCGGAUUGGUGGAAAGGGGAGGCCGACGGUGUUACGGGCCUAUUGCCCACCAAUUACGUCAAGAUGACCACCGAGUCCGACCCCAGUCAGCAAUGGUGCGCAAACCUGAUGACCCUGGACACGAUGAGCCCCUGGGAAAGAAAGAGGCAAGGUUACAUCCACGAGGUCAUCCACACUGAGGAGACGUACGUGGAUGACCUGGAGCUGGUGUUGGAGGUGUUCUACAAGCCUAUGUCAGAAUCAGGUCGACUAACGGAAGAGGAAAUGGGCAUCAUUUUUGUCAACUGGAGAGAGCUCAUCAUGUGCAACACAAAACUGCUCAAGGCGCUGCGUGUGCGCAAGAAGAUGGGCGGUGACAACAUGCCAGUGCAGCUGAUCGGCGAUCUGCUGGCGUCGGAGCUGACGCACAUGCAGCCUUACGUCCGCUUCUGCUCUUGCCAGCUCAACGCCGCCGCCCUGCUGCAGAGCAAAACAAACAAUCAGCCCGAAUUCAAGAACUUCCUCAAAAAGAUCGCCACGAACUACCGCUGCAAAGGAAUGCCUCUGUCCAGCUUCCUCCUCAAACCCAUGCAGAGAAUCACACGCUACCCUCUACUCAUCAAGAACAUCCUCGAGCACACGCCCGACCACCAUGCGGAUCAAUCGCCCCUGAGGGAAGCUCUGGAGCGAGCCGAGGAGCUGUGCUCGCAAGUCAACGAGGGCGUCAGGGAGAAGGAGAACUCGGAUCGCCUCGAGUGGAUCCAGAGCCACGUGCUGUGUGAUGGCGCCAUUGAACACUUGGUGUUUAACUCACUCACCAAUUGCCUGGGACCACGCAAGCUGCUCCACAGCGGCCGUCUGCACAAGGCCAAGAGCAGCCGGGAAUUGUGGGCCUUCCUCUUCAACGACUUCCUGCUCCUGACCCAGGGCGCCAAAUCCUUGUCCUCCUCCGGGCCCGACAAGCUUUUUAGCCCUAAGAGCGGCAUCCAACUCAAGAUGUACAAGACUCCGCUGUUCCUCAAUGAGGUUUUGGUCAAGAUGCCGCCGGACCCGUCUAGCGAUGAGCCGCUCUUCCUCGUCUCGCACAUCGACCGUGUCUACUCGCUCAAGACUGACACCUUGAAUGAAAGGGCGGCGUGGGUGCAGAAAAUCAAAGUGGCGUCUGAGCUUUUCAUCGAGACGGAGAAGAAAAAACGGGAGAAGGCAUAUCAAGCUCGUUCUCUGAAGGCAAGCGGCAUCGGAAGGCUACUGGUGACCAUCUCUGAAGCCCAAGAGCUCAAAGCUUGCAAGCCCAACGGCAAGAGCAACCCUUACUGCGAACUGACCAUGGGGGCCCAGUGCUACACGUCACGACCCAUAAGCAACACACUGAACCCCAAGUGGAACUUCAACUGCCAGUUCUUCAUCAAAGACCUCUACCAGGACGUCUUGUGCAUCACUAUUUUUGAGAAGGACCAGUUUUCGCCGGACGACUUCCUGGGCCGUACUGAAGUUCCCGUGGCGACCAUCAAGAAGGAAAUGGAGAGCAAAGGUGUCGCUGGUCGUCGCCUGCUGCUCCACGAAGUCCCCACUGGAGAAGUCUGGGUCAAGCUGGACCUGCAGCUUUAUGAGCCGCCACCCAAAUGACUAAUAACACUUCAAAGUCAUAUAAUG